ACUAAUACUAAUAUAUAUUUAAAUUAUAUUCAAUUUUAAAGAAAUAAUGUUGACUGUUUGCCGUCUGUGUCUGGCGAAGGAUGCCAACUUCGUCAUAUUUAAUGGCCAAGCAGCAGUGAGAAUAAUGUCUUGCACAGGUCUCGAAGUUGAUCCCAACGAUAAGCUACCGCAGCUCAUCUGCCAUACAUGCCGAGUGCGUCUGGAGGAAUUUUAUUAUUUUCGCAAACGAUGUCAUGCCGCCGAUCGUCGACUACGUCAGUUAAUACGCCUCGACCGUAAUUUCGACGGCCAGACCAGUGACUUAUUCGAUGGCGACAAAGAGGAUGCACUUCUUUUGAAGGAUGUAGCGCAAUGCUCGCCCACAGCGUGCUCAGAGAGCAAUGCGCAUUGGCGCAGGGAGGCGGCACAGCUAAUACGCUGUGAAAUCGAUAGUUACAAAAGUGAUUUGCUUGCCCUGUGCAAGCAGCAAGUGCGCGAGGAGAUCGAGCAGCAAGUGCGCAGUGAAAUGGAAGAUCUACUCCUAGCGCAGGCCAGAAAGGAAUGUCACUUGAGCGUGUUGGAUGACCUCUUCUACGAUAUUGAGUCUUGGUUUGUUCACAAACGCAAUAAUGUUGUGCGUGCGCAGGCACUUGGCUCAGACGGAUUUACCUCCGACAUGGACGCAGCAGAGCUGGAAAGCAUAUCGACUACAGCGUUUCAAAAUACCAGCAACUCCGAGGCCGAGCUCAAGAUCCAUGCAGAGUCCACUAGCUUGAAUGCCAGUGAAGUGGGUGUAGUCGAAGUGCUUGAUGAUGAGUCCUUUGACCAAAACCAGACGCCAGAAGGAGAAUCUUCCGAGAGUAAGCCUUGCAAUAAAGAAAAAGUUACUGGACCUGCAACUGUUGUGCCCUUAACAAUGGUUGAAAUCAACAUGCAAAAUACACAGUACAGUCACUUGCGAGAGGAUCUAAAUAGUGCCAAUUUUCUAUCUACGAAAACUGUAGCGUCCCCAGCUAAACAACGACCUUCCGAAUCCAAACCGACUACAGCAAAACCUCUAAAUAGAAAUGCUCCAUACGAGAGAAUAAGGGAGCACAUUUGUCUAAUACACGGAUCAGGCACGAAGCGGAGGAAGACAUAUAAUUCCAAAGACCGAAACUGCUACCGUUGCCGCCUUAGAGGCUCUCAGGGCAAAAAAAAAUCAUGUUAAAAAUAGCUAUUUUAUUCCUGUGCACCAUUUUAAAAAUUUCAGUGUUCGUAUUGUUCCAUAUCUUACUGUAAGCCUUUUAUAUAGUAUACUAACAUUUUUUUUUUAAUAAAAGAUUU